AUGGUGACAUUCCGACGCUUCAAGCCCGAGGAUCUCAACAAGAUCUCCAUGUGUAACAUGGACCCUCUGACCGAGACCUACGAUGCGUCUUUCUACCUCCAGUACUACGCAAAAUGGCCACAGAUGUUCAUCGUGGCCGAGGACGACCAGGGCAACAUCGUUGCUUACAUCAUGGGUAAGCUCGAGUCCUCGCCGUCGUGGAUGAACCACUCGCCGCACUACCUGCCGUGGCACGCGCACAUCACGGCGCUGACGGUGUCGCCGGCGUACCGGCGCACGGGCAUCGGCAGCAUCCUGACGCGGCAGCUGGAGGAGGAGGCCGACGUGGGCGACGCAUACUUCAUGGACCUGUUCGUGCGGCGCAGCAACGAGCGCGCCAUCGCCUUCUACCGCCGCAGCGGCUACAGCGUCUUCCGCGUCGUCAGGGACUACUACGGCGACAACGUCGGCGACCCCUCGGCCUACGGCGAGGACGCCUACGACAUGCGCAAGAGCAUGAAGCGCGACCCCAAGGGCGAGCACGUCAGGGAGAACGGGGAGGCGUUUGAGGUUGACCCCGAGGAUGUGUUCUAG